AUGCAUUGCAUGUGUGUUCCUGAUGAAGGCACCAACCACAUGGAUUCUGCAUUAUUUAUGCUGAUCGAUUUUGUGGAUCUUCGCAUGGAAAGCAACGAGAAGAGAGAUGUGUACUAUAGGCUUUCCAAAAAACAUGGAUAUAGGGCUCGAAGCGUAUACAAACUCAUGCAUAUAGAUUCACUGCACGAUGUAUUCAAAGGCGCCAGUAGUGUUGUGGAUUUGUGUGCGGCACCAGGAAGCUGGAGCCAGUAUGCAUCUGAAAAGAUGAAGAGUAUGCAUAAGAAUGGCAUUUCUGCAAAUACACAGCAGCAUGUGGUCUGUGUUGAUGUUCAAGACAUUGCGCCAAUCGAUGGCGUUGUGUGCAUAAAAGAAGACAUAACGUCGGAUGUAUGUGCUGAGAAAAUUCUGCAAUGUCUUGGAGGAAGCAAGGCAGAUGUUGUUAUAUGCGACGGAGCGCCAGAGAUAACUGGCCUGCAUGAAAUCGAUGAGUAUCUACAGUCGGAGCUGUUGGUUUCCACACUUUGUAUGUGCAUGAAGAUAGCAAAGCAUGGAUCAUCAUUAGUUGCAAAGUGCUUCAAAGGCAUAUACACGCCGUAUAUAGUAAACCAUUUCGGAAAGUUCUAUGAUGAGGCAAUGCUAUUGAAGCCGAAGGCAAGCAAGGCUACAUCGAUGGAAUGCUUUCUGUACUGCAAGGGAAUGAAGAAUGUCUCCGAAAACCCCACAGACAUUGAUACAAGCAUUGAAUGCAAGGAAAUCACCAUACAUCCAUGCGGAUAUGGUGCAGAUGCAGGCCUUGAAUACGAAAUGGAAGAAGUAAGGGCAGACUGA